CCGUUCUAAAUUCCAAAUAUUUCGAUAUACACAAAUUCUACCUGAAUUUAAAAUUUGGAAUGGUUAAUUUCCGAGAAACGUCUGAUUGGUGUGUCAUUUUAGCGAGCAGCCUUUGGUCACACUGGCACUGUCAAACGUCGGUUGGCGCUUGAAAUGAAUGUCGAAAUCCAAGUCUAGAUUGAUUUUACAAGUUUAACAAGUAAUUAGAAGCAAAGCAGAAUCGAAUAUGGCUCGGUUUGUGAGUAAGACGUCCCAUGACAACUGCUACCUCAAGAACUCGAUUGUCUACACCGAGGACCACAUUCCCGUGCAGAAGCUCUACUUUAGCAAGGUGCCUCCGGAGCUGAACCAGAGCAUUCUUGAGCAUCACUUCCGGAUCUAUGGGCGCGUGCUGCGUUUGCAGAUCUUCAAGCCUUCGUCCACUUCGCGCAGAAACUAGACGCAGCCAAGUUGGUUCGCGAGCACUCUUGAACUCCCAGCUCCAACCCUCUUUCCACUCUUUCCCAGGGCCCUACACAGCCACAUCCACCAUGUGAACGGGCACAGGUUCCUUGUGCAGGCCAGUUACAGCUGGCACCAGCCGGACGCCUAUGGAACACCCCGUGAUCCGGCGGUGAGGUUGCCCAACACGGAGCCCCCGCCGCAGCCAGCCAUCAUGGGCCUUAACGACCUCUGCCUGGAGCAUGUGCUGCAGUACCUCGAGUUGGAGGACCAGAUUCACUUCGCCAGAAGCUGCCUGUGCUUCAGGGGCGUCUACCAGUUGGCCACCGCCAGGCUUCACAAGACGAUGCACCUGACCCAGUUCAAGGGCAUGACCGUCUGGGACAUGCGCGACUUCUUCAAGCUGUCCGGUUGCCAUGUUCAACAUUUGGUGGGCUCAACGAACACGACACGCUCGCAACGGCUGUGCGACUUCCUUGCCCGCAGUUGCUCCACUCAAUGAAGCUGUACUUCAGCCCUUUGAGCGUGCGCAACAUGAACAAGGUGUUCUCCAACAUGUACAAGCUGGAAACGAAAUAUCAGCGACGGCUCUCUCUUGGCCCUGCGAAGUCU